AUGGAGAGCUCAGGUUCAAGGAUGGUCUUGCGACAUUUGCGUGGAUGUUGCGUGCUACUGCUCGUGGCCGUGAUGUUGGUGGGCUCCAUGGUGACGUCUAGCACACCUGUGACAGUGGAGCUCCCAUCCAACAUGUCCAGAAGAAGCCUCACUCAGCUUCCAUCAAGAACACAUUCACCUCCUGCCUUAUCUUCAUCAUCAUCUUCUUCCUCAUCAUCUCAACGUUCUGAAAGAACCAGGCGUCCAGCAUCUGGUGCCAAACAUGCCAUGUCCCCUGGUCGCCAUGACAGUGCCUCCAGCAUAGAUCCCACUUCCUCUCUUGGCUCCGAAGGUUCGGGUAACUUAGGAGAUGGGGCUCAGGGCAUUCACCUGCUGUUACGCCCACCAGACCUUCUAACACCCAGCCAGAUGCCUCCUAUCCGUGAGGACAGAGCACCUACUCCAGCCCCUCCGACCCUGAUGGCACCUGAGGACCUGUAUCCCACCCACUCUGCUGAGGUGGAUUGGGGUUCUGGAGACUAUUUAGAAACGCUUACGUUCAUGGGAUCUGAAGGGGAGGAGUUUUCUCUGGUCACCACCCUCCCUAUGCAUGGAUAUGAUCCAUAUGAUGCUGACGAUGAUACUACAGUCAGCUACAACACAGAGUUCCCCUCUCGUCCCAUCUUGCCCCUCUCCUCUAGAGACCUCCAACCCAGCAGGACAAUAAAAUAUGGGACUAAUUUAAGGACAGCCCACCCCACUGAUCCCCGCCUCCCAUUGGUUCCUGACCCUGCCCACACAAACGAUAUGGAGGAUGACCUGGAUUUUGACUGGGCAGAGCUUUUUCCGAUUGAGCCAACUGAAAUGUUGCUUCCUGACAUGAACAGUAUGGAGUACUACAACACAUUGCAAGCCAAAGAGAAUGCUAGUAUUGCGAGAAAUAGGACGAAUCAUGCCCACCCUCAUAUUACCCCCACCCACACUACUGUGGGACCAACGCACACACCUACUGCCACUUUGGGAAAAGUCCCAGAUCAUAUUGACUGGACUACUCCUCAACCCACUCCACCUGUUACAUCCCAAAAACCUACAAAGCCACCAUCAUCAACAUCCACCGAUACCCAACAACCCCCUGAAGUCCGCUUAACACCCGAGAAGGGAGUUCCUUCCAUACCAACUCAUGUUGGCAAAACAGUGCCGUCCACCCAGCCUCCACAUAGCACCUCAAAGGGUCCAGUAAUACAAGCUGUCACCCUGAAGACUCCAACUGCUACAAAACCACGUACUACCACCAUCAAAACCACCAGAACUACAACCACAACUACAGUUAAAACUACGACUACCAUGAGCUCCACCAGCCUCUCCACCAAAAGUCCACCACCUACAACCCCCAGAAUUCCUCUGUCCAUUGCUCCCCGACUGUAUGUCUGCAACAUCACCAAACCAGACAUGUACCUGGUCAGAGUGGGUAUGAGCAGUGGUUCAUCAGUGGCGUUUGCCAAAGCUCAUGUGCGGGAGAUUCUUAGACGAGAGUUUAACCGCUCGGUAGAGCUACAGGUCCUCAAGGCUCCACCCAAUUUCAUUUUCCGGGCAGUCUCGGGUCCACUGGUGUACAAUGCUGUGUCUGUUAUCAAUUCUCUCCGCCAAUCAGCACACAGCACUUCCUCCUCUACCAUUCUGUCAGUCACACCCAUUUAUGCAGUUCCAGAUUACAAACAUCAGGUCCAUACAGUGCUACAGUUUGUACCGAGUCAUGUGGACGUGCGUUUGUGCAGCUUCAGUGAGCGCGUGGAAAAGGGGCUGCUCAUGGCGUACACGGAAGUGCGCAAGCGCUCACAGGAAAAUGGAAAUUUCACAGUCCAUAUUGUGAAUAUCACUAGCAGCCUUCCUAAAGGCCAGCGUCAGCUAAAGGCACCGGUGGACAUCACCUUUGCUGUGCAUGACUCCCAAGGCUUCCUGAUGGGAUCAGAUGUCAGUGGCCACAUGAGGCAGCUCAGUGCAGUGGAGUUCAGCUUCUACCUCGGUUUUCCUACCCUGCAGAUUGCUGAACCUUUUCACUACCCCGAACUGAAUGUGUCCCAUCUGUUACGUGCAUCCUGGGUGAAAACAGUGUUGCUGGGUGUGUUGGAUCAGCGUGUGAAUGAAAGAACCUUUCAGGCAAAGAUGGAGAGGCGAUUGGCCCUGCUGGUUGGAGAAAGUCUUGGAUUCGGGGCUGGCAAUCGUCGUUGGAGAAGAGCUACUAUUAUGGGCAACAACAGUGUACAGAUUGUGCGGGCAUUUCGCCUGGAUGGUCCGGAGCACCCUCUAGAGCUGGUGUAUUUUGUGGAGGUGGGGUCAGGAGAGAGAUUGCCAGCUCAGGCCACUGCGGCCAUGCUCAAUAGACUCAACAUGCAGAGAGCUGCAAUUGUGCUGGGCUACCGUGUACAUGGAAUUCUAGCUACACCGGUGGAGAAGCUGGCCCUGCCUCCCUCUGAGACUCAGUCCAGUAACGUGUGGCUGAUCGUGGGGGUCGUGGUUCCUGUGCUGGUGGUCAUCCUCAUUAUCAUCAUCCUCUACUGGAAGCUCUGCCGCUCUGAGAAGCUGGAGUUUCAGCCAGAUGCCAUGAGUACCAUCCAACAGAGACAGAAGUUGCAGCCUCCCAUUGUAAAAGGCUUUGAUUUUGCAAAGCUUCACCUGGGCCAGCACAGUAAAGAUGACAUCAUGGUAAUUCAAGAGUCCGCCCCUUUACCGCCCCCUGUUAAAGAGGCCACACCCUCUGAGGGCGGAGAAUUGAACACACCCAAAUCAAAGAGCUCGUCCACGAAAGCAUCACGUGCUGCACGGAGAAGGGGCAGAUUGUCUCCAUCUGAUGGAGAUUCAUUAGGAAGUGAAGCAUCCAGUGGCAGAGAAUCAGCAGAGGAGAGCACCAGACCUGCUGUAACACCAAGUGACAGCAAACCCCAACAUCGCAAGAGCAAGCAUGCAAAAAACAAACUUGGUGCACAGCCUGGCAGUGGUGCAGAUGAGCAGUUGUCAUCCUCGUCCAUAUUUGAGCAUGUGGACCGUCUCUCCCGAGGCUCAUCCGAUGGGACACGCAGAGUGUCCAAUAAGAUUCAGCUCAUAGCCAUGCAGCCCAUGCCAAGUCCGCCCCCUCAUUCACACAACCAAUCCCUGAGUCCCAACCUAACGGAGAGGAUGCCUGACGGAGCAAAUGUCAAUAGUGAGAUCCAGGUAGCCUUGAGGCAUAAAUCUGAGAUUGAACACCAUCGCAAUAAAAUCCGCCUGCGUGCCAAGAGGAAGGGCCACUAUGAUUUCCCUUCCAUGGAGGACAUCAUGGCUGUGUUUGGCGACAGCUCCGAGCAGCAGCGAGUGUAUCAACAAGCUCAGGAGCAGAUACGCAAGAUUUUGCACCCAGAGGAACACACACACUCAUCAUGUGGAGAGCCACGCAAGAGUUCCAGAGGACGACGCUCUCCCAGACAGAGACAGAGAGAGAAUCUGAGGGGUAGUGGUAGUCUGAGAGACAAAGAUCGCCUCAUUAUGGAUGGGGACGCCACAUACAGGAAGUACCCUGGGGUCAACAAUGUGGCAUAUGUGUCUGAUGCAGACCAGCUCCCAGAUGCAGAUAGCCCCUCCCCCACUGAUGAGGUGUUUUUAGACCCUGGAUCUCCGCCUUCUGGCCCUGCCCCCGCCCCACCCAUUUACGUCCCACCUCAACCAACCAUUGAAGAAGCCCGGCAGCAGAUGCACUCCUUAUUAGAUGACGCCUUUGCGCUUGUCUCGCCCUCCUCUCAAGGAAGCUCUGCCCCUUUGACGUUCACUGGCGUUUCUGCAGUGACUGGAGUUGGAGAAAUCAGCCCUGGUCAACCGUCAAGCCCGUCCUCACAGCCUUCACACCAGUGGGGUUCUUCUUCUUACCCCGCAGCCCCUGCACACAGUCCUUUCUCAGCGAGGUAUGCCGAGUUAGGAAUGUCUCCCACAUCAGUCCAAGGCUUGCUGCAGAGGCAGGAUCAAGGCUCUGGGUAUCUAGUGUCAGGAGAGAUGCAGUCAGAUCCUGUUUACUCCAACAGGAGGCAGUAUGGAGAAGACCUUCCAUCUUCUUCUCGACCACGACCAGUAGGUGGCAGCACAGGUGCACAGUUGCAUCAGCUAACACAGGUGGGUUUGUCGAGUCGAAUUGGACUGUACCCUGGUGUCGGCCGUAGUGUUUCGGGGCCGUCGGGGUCCAGCUGGGCCCAAUACCGCUCAGAUGAAGAGAUAUCCAACCAGAGGCCUGGAUCCAACCGAGACGCUAUUUUGACAUUCCCUGAGUAUUCCUCCUCACCUGUAUUCCAGAUGCCCAGGACAGCCCUACAGGAUCCCAAGACACCCCAGGCCCACCUGGAACCCUCUACCGCGGGGUACAUUGCCCCUGAGGAGCGUUCUCCACCCCCUCACUCCUCCGCCUCCCUCAUAAAGGCCAUCAGGGAGGAACUUCAGAGACUUUCUCAGAAACAAACGGUUCUUGCCAGCUACCACAGUUGAGAUAACCCAAACCCCAGUCGUGGGUAACUUCCUUUUGUAGAUAUUAGCUGUGAUCUACCACCACAUAAGCGUCCCCUCAAAUCCUAACACAGCUCCAUAACUGAGAAGCUGCUUUACAUAAACCCAAACCAAAAUCUUAGGCCAGAAACAUCAUUUUUGCAAGUACACAAACUCAGAUGCGAAUGUUUGGCCCUAUUGUUCUCAUUGAACAUAAAUGUGUGCUCUCUUUUGUUGCUGUGCAGGUGACAUGUCAACUUUAACUCGCUCAGCAAGAUUUGCAUUAAACUGUUGCUCCACCAUGAAUGACAGUAGUGCCUCUUGUGGCAACCCUGAGAAUGAAUUGCAUUAAGAACGCCUCAUACGUACCGCCUGAUUUUGGAACGCAACAACGCACAUAAUUGAGCUUAGGUAUAAGCGUUCAUAUACUUGUGUAGAGCAUGUUUCAGGCCUUACAUUUUAAGUUCGGCUGGUCUGUUACACAUGAAGCAAUUCUGAAAAUCUUCAGUACUCUCAGUGCCAGUACAUUCACAAUUAAAAAUUCACUGCUGAUAUGCAGAAAUGAACUUCAAUACCCUCUCCUAUAUUUCACACAAAAAAAAAAAAAAAAACAGGCAUCUCUCGUAACAAGGACUUGUCUAGAUUGUUUAGGAAAAAAUAGACAACAUUGCCCCAUAUUCAGACUGUUAAUAUGCAUGCUGAGAGAUGUGAACUUUCUAGACUUACUGUUGACUGUUGCUAAUGUGUACAUUCCUCGCCUUCAAAUCCAUGUCUGUCGAAUUGCUUCCUUCAAAUGGAUCGUCCUCAUGUCUCCAAACUUCCUCUGGUGCUAAAAAUAAUUUCUUGCCUCCACCACAAUGUCACAAUAUGGCCCAGCCCGGAAACUCUGAAGUGGCAUCUUUACCUCGCCCCUUUUGUUGCUUUAGUCUUCUCGCCUCUUCCCUGUUCUGCCAUUUAUUCAAGAUGGCUGAUCAAGUGAAAACAUGUACUCUGUUCCAAACCCCAGUGAGCUGCCUACAUUUUAAGUUAUCAUAGGUCCACUCCCAACACAAAGGUUGUUCCACAACUUAAUAAUGAUGCCUUAUAGGUUACCUCGUUUUAGCCACAUUCAAAGGCAGCAUCACAGGUUUGCAGAACGUGUUGUGAUGAAAAUGAAAUAAUUUUAAAGAAAUCUGAAAUUGUGAUGAGGCGAGAUACAUUUUGAUUUUAAAUCCCAAAUCAUUCAAUACCAAAAAGUUCUAAAAAGUCAAAUUUUUAUGCUUACUAAAGUAUCGCACCAUUAGCUUAGCAACAUGCUAACAUCAUACUGAAAUCAAUUGUUUGUGUGCCACAAAGAGUUGCUGCCUCUCAAAUCAGUCACUACUGAGUUUAUAGCGCAUUUCAUUUUAAUAAUAAUUUUAAUCAGUUUACAGUUACUGACUUUCAGUUAAGUUACAGACCCACUUUAUAUUAGGUGUCUAUAACUAAUAUGUACUUAAGCAUUUGCUACAAUGUACCUAUUAUGUACGUUUGUGUUGUUGCAUUGUAAUUACAUUUAAAAUACCUGCGUUUCAUUACAUCUUUAGUUACACUGUUAAAAUUACCCCUAACACUAAACCUUACACAACCCUUGUCCUAAACCUUAACCCAGUACCUUAACCUCAGACCCUGUUUCCACUUGGUAUUACAAUGCGUCUCGGGUGAUCUGACCACAUGUGAUCAGGUGAGACACAUCACUGUUUACACCUGGUCUUUAAAUGCAUCUCCAGUGACCACUUGUGUUCAGAUUUGUAGGGGAGGGUCUCUGUUUCAUGACGACUUACAUCAAUCACUAAGUCAGUGUGUUACUGCAUGAUUUUAAAGUGCAACAAAGUCAGAAAAGACAAUGUAAGCACUAUAAAAUGGCGCACUGUUUCUCCCAGAUGUUUGAAUUUAAUCUAAGCACAAACGCAACACGUCAAGCAGAAUUAUCAUUUAUUUUAUCGUAUUAUCUGUAUUAAAGGAGCUUCAGGUGUUCUUGCUUCUCAACUGACUUGAUAUCAGGCACGUUAAAGAAGAUCCGUGGAGCUGUCGUGAUUGUGUGUGUAUCCGCUUUUUUAAAUGUUACGAUCGGACGGUUAUAUUCUUUUAAACUUUAAACACUUGUUUUAGCGCAGUGGUUGAUUGACAAGUCAGGGGUGGUGCUUUACUGCUGCCGAGAUGCAUACAGGACGGAUUAGAGUUUACACCUCAAAUGCCAUGUGAACACAUGCGUCUUUGACUACAUUCGUAUGUGGUUUUUGGGAUAUGUUUUAGACCCAUUUAGACCUGUAUUUAGUGCUGACCACAUGUGAUCGGAUCACCCAAUCUUGAUACCAGAUGCAGAACAACAUGUAGUUACACAAUAAAUACACUGUAGUAUGUAUUUUAAUGUUUUGUUAAUGUUUAAUAUAGGAUCUUAAUUACUUCUAACUGCAUUAUUUGGGUUGCACAUACAGUAUUUCUAAAAUUAUAUUAUGUAGAACAUCUUAAUGUUCAUCUUAAGGGCAUGUGCCCCCUAACGAGUCAAUGAACAAGGAGGAAAUAUAGAAACUAUUUUGAAUUUGUUGUGCAGAAAAACAAAAGCUUUGCUCUGAAGUGUUUUAGAAAAUAACUUUCAAGUAAUUAGUAAUGUGAUUACUUUUUCAAUGAUGUAAUCCGUGAAGUCAGUAAUCUGAUUACAAUUAAUUUACCCAACACUGUCUUAGAGGCCAUUCAGACCGAAUUUGUUCUUGUGCUAAACAGCUAGACGCAACACUGCGAAUUUAAUAAAACGCGGGUGUCGAGAUGCGAAGUUUUUUCUUACUUGGCAUGCAUCUACAAAAUGUAGCUCUCCUGUGCAAAAUGCUGAUAACAGCAAGAUGAUGUGCAAUGGUAAAAGACAUCUGUCUAGCUCUUGUAUACAUAGAAAAAUAGCAAACAUGUGCUCAUUGAAAACAACCCAUUAAACUGCCUAUAUAGGCAGUGAGGUAGCUCACUAGGCUGUGGAACAUGGUCUUGACAUGUUUUUGUCUUACAUUUGAGCUCUGGGUACUUUUGACUCUGCAGGGGAGGGAAGGAGAGUUUUGAAUGUGUCUGCAGCUUGUUGUUGAGAACUUUCUCUGCAUUAGUGAUCUGUGAGCUUUUGAGCUUGCUUGCGUGUUUUUGUACUAGAACUAACAGACAAGCGGCCUCAACAGCCGCUGGCAACACGGUUCCCAUCCAGAUAACGUCAUUGCUGCAUCCAUCCUAAACUCUCUACAGUAUGUCUACAUCUGAGGAGAGAUAUCAAAGGUAUCAAAGUAAGCAUUCAUGAUACCAGUGUGUAUUCAUGUGAGGUCUUUUUACCAGUGGCCUGGAGUAGUUUCUCAGUUUACAGAUUUAUUUGCACAUUUUCAUCUUUGCACAUUGAUAUCAUGGUGAUGAUGGAAGUCAAUCAGUUUAAGAGUUUAUUGUGGAAAAGAGAGAAGACUAUAAAUAUAUAAAGAAAGAUAUAAGUUCAUAUUAUAUAAAAAUGUAUAUUGCAUUUUGAUGUAUUGACCCAUUGAGCACAAACAUUGAGAUCAUAUGUCAGAUUAUAUGUUAACCAUAUUAGAUUUAUUUUUUAAUGUUAUAAAAGUAUUAUGUAAAAAUGUUAAAGAUGUUGGAAAAGUGUUGCUAUGGGACAUUUGAAAAAAAAAAGACCAAAUCACUGUUGAGGCAUAUAAUUCCUUUAGCUUCGUAAUUCAGUAGGCAUUCUCAAUGUAUUUUCAUGUAUGGUCAUGUGGAUUUGCACAGAAGUAUUGUAACGAUUGCUUUAAGGUUAUGUGAUAUAAGGUUAAUAGGUUAAAGGCCUUGUUUAAUGUUAUUUUGUACAUGAGUGUUUUAAUUUUUCUUUCUUUUUUUUCAUAUUUAAAUUUUUUUUCUGUUUAACUUUACUUACCAUUUUUCUUUUAAUUCUUUCCCCAUGUUCCUGUCUUUUAUUUUUUUAUCCUUCUUUCCUUCCUCCCUUCAUUUUUUUUUCUCAAGUAUGAGGCCUUAAACAGGACGCAUGUGAAGUGAUGAUUUAUGCUUUAUUUCUUUUCUUUAUUUUGUGUGCUUAUGUCUUAAUGGGCAUGCUUAUAGUCUUUAAAAAUAUCGAAAAAACAAGAAACAAGCUUCAUAGAAUUUAGCUUAAUAUGAAAGACUACUAUGUAAUGGUUCAUGAGACUAAACGCAAAGCAAAGCACAGAAAAACCAUCUUGAUCAUCAUUGAAAAAAAGAAAAUGUUCAGUAUUUUGCCAUUUAUAAACUUGAAUAAUAUUUUUGAAAGUAUUUAAAUAUCAAUAUUUAUAAUUAAAAUAUAUCAAAUAGAAAAAGUACAAAUAUGUAAAUGGACAUUUCUCCAUAUUUAAAUAUUCAGUAUGUAGUCCACUGAUGACCAAUAAGAGGCAAGCAUCAUUGGUAUACAACCCUUUCCCACUGUGCAAAGACCAACUGGGGAUAUUUUUGUUUGUUUGAUGUCAUUAUUAAUUUUCUUUUUUUAUCUUGCAGAUUUUUAAAUAACAACUCUACAUAUUCAUAAAAAAGGAUGUUGAGGAUAAAUGUUAGAUUUACAGUCACUUGAUUGACCUGGUGCUAUUUAACACACCACUGUGUGUGUGUGGGCAGGUUUGGGUAGUUUAUGAGGACUAUUUAUAGUAUAUAAUUACAAUGGUAUUAUGCUAUAAAUGUGGCUUAUGAGGAUAUUUCUAGUGUUCCCAUAAUUCAAAUCGCUUAAAAACAUACUGAAUUAAGUUUUAUUGAAAAUAUAAAAAUGCAGAAAGUUUUUGUGAGGGUUGCUAUAGGUUUAGGGGAUAGAAUCUAUAUUUCGUACAGUAUAAAAAUCAUUAUGUCUAUGGAGAGUCCUCAUAAGGAUGGCCACACCAACAUGCAUGUGUGUGUGUUUGAGAUAUGUUGAGCGUGUGAAACCAUCAAAACCUUACAGCACUGAACUUAAUCAUAUUUAUAGCAAUUAAAAUGUACAAACUCUGAGAUUAACUGAAUGCAGUGUGUGUGUGUGUGUGUGUGUGUGUGUGUGUGUGUGUGUGUACGUGCGCAAUAAUAUACCUCCCCUUGUCCCUAUGUCAGUGCCAUAGAGGAUGCAACUGGAAUGUAAACUAAAUAUUACAUAAAGUGAAUUUUUAGUUUUACAUUAAAGGAAAUUGUAUUACUGUCAUCUCUUUCGUUGACAAUGCAAACAUCAUCUUUGUGAUCCCAUCAUGAAGGGAUACAUUUCUCAUUAUAUCUAUCAUUCUGUCUUUUUCUUUCUCUCUUGGUCUCUGCAAACUGCAUCCCAGUAUUUGAUGUUUAAUGUCUCUGUAUUGUUGUGUAUAUUAAAUAAUAAACAAUG